UACAAAACCGAAGUUGGGUGUUGUCCUGUUUGGUGAGCGAUAUGACAAGUUGACAACGCCGAUUCUAAUGAUCAAACAAUUUUAUUUGAAUUUGUGACUAACUCAUAAUUUGUAUUUAUUGCUUCAAUUUGUGUUAAAUAUGAAGUUAUGAUGAGCAGCCCUGUGUAUUAUUUUGUUGUGGUGCUUUGUUUUAGCAUAUCAAGUACAAAAUCAGAUUCAGUUCGUUAUUAUUACGAUUACGAAUGUAAUGAACCUCUUUUAGACUACGCUAAAUUGACUGCUACUUCUAGCUUAAGGGAAAGAGGACCAGAUAAUGCGAAAUUACAUGGGACAUCAGCAUGGACGGCGAAAGAGAGCUCGUAUUACCAACACCUGACGAUAAACUUGCUCAAACGGAGGGAGUUGCGCGCGGUCGCCACGAGGGGGCGCUUCGCGACCGACGAAUUCGUGUCGGAGUACAUGAUACAGUACUGCGAUGACGGCGAGAGUUGGCGGGAUUUGACCGAUGCGGAUGGAUAUGCGCAGAUGUUCGAAGGCAACCACGACGGUAAUACGGUAGUGAAAAACGAAUUCGAAGUGCCUAUAAUAGCCCAGUAUAUAAGAAUCAAUCCUAUGAGAUGGCGGGAUAAGAUAUCAAUGAGAGUGGAACUGUACGGCUGCGAUUAUGUUGCCGACACACUUUUCUUCAACGGAACAUCGCUGGUGAAAAUAGACCUACUCCGGGAUCCCAUAUCGGCAUCCCGGGAAACCGUCCGAUUCCGCUUCAAGACUAGUGUCGCGUCCGGGGCUCUGCUGUACUCUAGGGGCACUCAGGGGGAUUAUAUUGCUCUGCAGCUGAGGGAUAAUCGCCUUGUGCUUAAUAUUGACCUUGGUUCUGGCGCAGCUACAUCUCUCUCUGUGGGCAGUCUGCUGGAUGACAACAUUUGGCAUGAUGUUGUCAUCUCCAGGAAUAGAAGGAACAUAAUUUUCUCCGUGGACCGAGUUAUUGUCCAGGGCAGGAUUAGGGGAGAGUUCUCCAGGUUGAACUUAAACAGGGCGAUGUACAUCGGAGGAGUUCCAAACUCCCAGGAGGGUCUGGUAGUGAAGCAGAACUUCACCGGCUGCGUAGAGAACAUGUACCUCAAUGCUACCAACAUUAUAGCACAACUUAAAGAGGGCUACGAUACCGGGGAGCCGUUCAAGUAUCAGAAAGUUAACACGCUGUAUAAUUGUCCCGAGCCGCCCAUAGUGCCGGUGACGUUCCUGAAGGAGGGCUCGUACGCGAAGCUGCGCGGCUACUCCGGCGGGAACUCCCUCAACGUCUCCCUCGAGUUCCGCACCUACGAGAUGCACGGCCUGCUCAUAUACCACAAGUUCAAAUCCGAGGGCUAUGUUAAGGUGUUCCUAGAAGAGGGCAAAGUGAAAGUGGAACUGUUCACGGAAGGUUCCCCCAAAGUCAAGUUGGACAAUUACGCGGACACGUACAACGACGGACGUUGGCAUGCCCUAGUGCUCACGCUCGCACCGGACACGCUCACGCUCGCGGUGGACUAUAGACCUGUGAAGACCACGAAGAAGCUCAAGUUCUUCACAGGCAGCACUUAUUAUAUUGCUGGGGGCAAAGCCCCGCCCCGCGGGUUCGUGGGCUGCAUGCGGCGCAUCGCGCUCGACGGCAACUACCGCCUGCCCACCGACUGGAAGCCCGAGGAGUUCUGCUGCCCCAACGAGGUGGUGUUCGACGCCUGCCACAUGAUCGAUAGGUGCAACCCCAACCCGUGCGAGCACGGCGGCGCGUGCGUGCAGAGCGCGGACGAGUUCACGUGCGACUGCGCCGCCACCGGGUACGCCGGCGCCGUGUGCCACACUUCCGUGCACCCGCUGUCGUGCCAGGCGUACGCGAACGCGGCGGGGCUGACGCGCUCCGCGGACAUACAAGUGGAUGUGGAUGGUUCUGGACCUUUACCGGCAUUCCCGGUCACUUGUCAGGCGUACUCGGACGGUCGCAUCAUAACAGCAGUGCGACACGCCGCUUCCGGCGGCUCCGUAGUGGACGGGUACCAAGAGCCGGGCAGCUUCCGGCAGGACAUCGAGUACGACGCGACGCGCGCGCAGCUCGAGGCGCUGCUCAACCGCUCGCACACGUGCUCGCAGCGGCUGGACUACAUGUGCAGGCAUUCGAGGCUGCUCAACUCACCCAGCGAGGAGUCGAACUUCCACCCGUUCGCGUGGUGGGUGUCGCGCACGGGGCAGCGCAUGGACUACUGGGCGGGCGCGCAGCCCGGCUCGCGCAUGUGCGCGUGCGGCGUGCUGGGCGCCUGCGCCGACCCCAGCAAGUGGUGCAACUGCGACGCCGAGCGCGCGCCGCACGAUGCGCACGAAUUCCAAAUGGAUGGUGGGGAUAUAACUGAGAAAGAGUACUUGCCCGUUAAACAGCUGCGUUUCGGAGAUACGGGCAGCCAUCUGGAUGAAAAAGAAGGCCGAUACACGCUUGGACCUCUCUUGUGUGAAGGAGACGAUUUAUUCAGUAACGAGAUAACAUUCCGUAUAUCUGACGCCGUGGUCACGCUGCCCACUUUCGACCUCGGCCACAGCGGUGAUAUCUACUUUGAGUUUAAGACGACCAAGGAGAAUGCUGUAUUGCUGCAUGCGAAAGGACCCCAGGACUAUAUAAAGCUGUCGAUCAUCGGUGGAGACCAGCUGCAGUUCCAGUUCCAGGUGGGCGACACGCCGCUGGGCGUCUCCGUGGAGACCAGCUCGCGGCUCGCGGACGACCACUGGCACUCUGUCUCCAUCGAGAGGAACAGGAAAGAAGCUCGCGUGGUGGUGGACGGCGCGCUGAAGAACGAGAUCCGCACGGCCAAGGAGCCCGUGCGCGCGCUGCAGCUCACCACGGCGCUGGUGCUGGGCGCCACGCUGGAGCGCAAGGACGGCUUCGUGGGCUGCGUGCGCGCGCUGCUGCUCAACGGCAAGCCCGUCGACUUGCGCUCCUACGCGCGCCGCGGUCUAUACGGCGUGUCGGAGGGCUGCGUGGGCAAGUGCGUGUCGUCGCCGUGCCUCAACAACGGCACGUGCCUGGAGCGCUACGACACGUACUCGUGCGACUGCCGCUGGACCGCCUUCAAGGGGCCCAUCUGCGCUGACGAAAUCGGAGUGAACCUGCGCCCCAAUUCGAUGGUGAAAUACGACUUCCUGGGCUCGUGGCGGUCCACCAUCAACGAGAAGAUCCGCGUGGGCUUCACCACCACCAACCCCAGAGGGUUCCUGCUCGGUUUUUACUCGAACAUCUCCGGGGAGUAUCUUACCCUCAUGGUGUCCAACUCCGGGAGCCUCCGCGUGGUGUUCGACUUCGGGUUCGAGCGGCAGGAGAUAAUAUUCCAGGGCAAGCACUUCGGGCUCGGCCAGUACCACGACGUGCGUCUCUCGCGCAAGGACAGCGGCGCCACUAUGGUGCUGCAGGUGGACAACUACGAGACGCAGGAGUACCACUUCAACAUCCGCGAGAGCGCCGACGCGCAGUUCAACAACAUCCAGUACAUGUACAUCGGCCGCAACGAGACCAUGAACGAGGGCUUCGCGGGCUGCGUCAGCCGCGUCGAGUUCGACGACAUCUACCCGCUCAAGCUGCUCUUCCAGCAGGACCCGCCCGCCAACGUGCGCUCUAUUGGCGGCGUGCUGCACGAGGACUUCUGCGGCGUGGAGCCGGUGACGCACCCGCCCGCGCCGCUGGAGACGCGGCCGCCGCCCUACGUGGACGCGGGCGCCGACCUGGACUACCACCGCACCGACGAGGCCAUACUCGCCACGGUGCUGGCUUUCAUCUUCCUCCUACUGAUAGUCGUGGCCAUCGUGUUGGUGCGGACGCUGUCCCGGCACAAGGGAGAAUAUCUCACUCAGGAGGAGCGCGGCGCGGAGGGCGCGGGCGGGCCCGACGCCGCCGCGCUCGCCGCCGCCACCGGCCCGCGCGUCACCAAGCGACGGGAGUUCUUCAUAUAGCCGCCUCUACACGAAGCCGGAGUGGGAGGGGGGGGGGGGGGG